CAUUGACCCAUCGUGGAUUCAUAUCACCAGAGCGGUUAAAAUAGUCACUGAAACGCACGAGUUAGCUAGUGUGCGGGUAGCGGGGGGAAGUUGGCGUGCUAACCCCGCUAGCUCCGUUAGCCGAAGCUACAAACCAACGCUAACGAUUACGGUUCAAAACGUUAGACGUUACAUCACGUUAGAAGGAGCCUGGAAGCUGCUCUCAGCUAACUAGCUCCACUGCAGAGAUGGAGGCUGCAGGAGGAGACGAGAGUAUGGACGUGCAAGGGGAAGCGCCAUUGCCCGGCUUUUCUGGACACCAACAUGCUUCCGUAAAGCAGGUUUGGACUUCUCUCGAGGAAGCAGCCCGAAUAAAAACGGAAGGCAAUGUUUUCUACAAGGAUAAGAACAUUCGCUCGGCCAUUGGACGCUACCACCGAGCUCUGCUGGUUCUCCGAGGCCUCGACCCCGAUGUGAUGGUGUCAGUGAAGGGGUUCGGACCCGAGAUGCCGGCUCUCUCCCCCGAGCAGGAGGCUUCACUAAGGAACACACAGGGGGACUGCUACAACAACUUAGCUGCCUGUUUGCUGCAGAGGACCAGCGUUGACUACUCUCGCGUGCGGGACUACAGCCUGCGGGUGCUGCAGUGGCGGCCCGGUGAUGCCAAAGCGCUCUACAGGGCGGGAGUGGCCACCCUGGAGAUGGGAGAUGCACACGGUGCCAAACAGUACCUCACCCGGGCCUGCAGAGAGCAGCCCAACGAUGCCAAUGUGAGGAAACACCUGCAGAGGGUCGAGGAGAAACUGAGUCAGGAUUUACAAAGAGAGAAGGCCAUGUACCGAGGCAUGUUUUCCCCCAGCAUGAAGAGUGGCUCUGAAGAAGGGAUUAACCAAACCCACAGAGGCGGUGAAGGAGUUUUAGCCAAGCAGCUAAACGCACCAAAUGAAGCCUCAAACUGAGAGACUCGGAUCAGCCUCAACUGAUUACAAAACCAACUGAAGAGUGUUCCCACGUCUGAACACAUGUUACCUUUUUAGGUGUUUAUUGGUUGAGCAUAAGAAAGAAAGAGAAUCAAAAACCUCAGAGAAUACUGGGAGUCAAAAAUGAAACGAAAGAUGUCGCUGCUCAAAAUAGAAAGGAGAAUAUGGAGAAGUUUCCUAGCAACACAGAUGCAAAGCUCUAAUCCGUUUGGAUAGUUCUCAAUAAUGCCUCUGAGAGCUAAAGUGAGACUCAAAAUGCACUAAAUUCAGAUUAUGCCUUCAUUAUUGCAGAUGUCUGGUCAGAACUGUGAAUGCAAU